UCCACUCGUUACCUCUCUCUCUCUCUCUCUCUCUCUCUCUGUGUAUUGUAAGAGCUCUGUGCUCCAGAGCUUCAACAAUGAUAUUGCACUAUUCUCCCACUGUUAUUCACUGCAAUAAUGUCUCUUCUGCACUACCUUUCCCUACCUCGUCUCACUCAUCAUUAUCAUCAUCGUCUUCUCUUUCUUCUUCUUCUUCUUCUUUUUCCGUCAUCCCGUCUCCUCUCCCCCGGCAGCGUCUCUCGUCAUUUCAUGGUUCCAAAGACACCUACUUGAAGGCAAACACAAAAACUAAGCUAGGAUUGAAGGUAAUGUGUUUUCAAAAAGAGCCCUUAAAGGUGAUGAUAUCAGGGCCUCCGGCAUCAGGAAAAGGAACCCAAUGUGAGAUGAUUGUCCAGAAGUUUGGCUUAGUGCAUAUAUCAACUGGAGAUCUUCUACGGUCUGAAGUGUCAGCUGGGACAGAAAUUGGAAAUAGAGCAAAAGAAUACAUGAACUCCGGUCGUUUGGUUCCUGAUGAAAUUGUGACAGCUAUGGUGACAGAACGAUUAUCACAAAAUGAUGCAAAAGAGAAAGGAUGGCUUCUAGAUGGGUACCCAAGGAGCCUUGCCCAAUCUCAGAGUCUGGAAAAGCUGAAGAUCAGACCAGAUACUUAUAUCGUAUUAGAUGUACCUGAAGAAAUACUAAUCGAUAGAUGUGUUGGGAGAAGGCUGGACCCUGUGACGGGAAAGAUUUACCAUAUAACAAACUUUCCUCCAGAGACUGAGGAGAUUAAAGCAAGGCUUGUGACUCGGCCUGAUGACACAGAGGAAAAGGUGAAGUCAAGAUUGGAAAUAUACAAGAAAAAUUCUGAAGCAAUCCUAUCAACCUAUUUGGACAUAUUGAAAAAGAUUGAUGGAAAUCAUCAAAAAGAAGAAAUCUUCAAAGAGAUAAACUCUUUGUUGUCUCAAGUGCAAAAGGAGAAAAUAGCAACUGAACUAGGAAAAGUAGCACUUCAACAUGAGAGCCAUGCAGCAUCUUCAAGUCAGGAAAGAUGGAGAGGAAUUCCUACAAGAUUGAAUAAUAUUCCUCAUUCUAGAGAAAUCAGGGAAUAUUUCUAUGAUGAUGUUCUCCAAGCGACACAAAGAGCUGUAAACGAUGGAAAAACUCGAUUAAAGGUGGAGAUUAAUAUCCCCGAGCUGAAUCCAGAAAUGGAUGUUUAUCGAAUAGGUACUCUAAUGGAACUUGUUCGAAUUCUAGCUCUAUCAUUUGCUGAUGAUGGUAAGAGAAUCAAGGUUUGUGUUCAAGGGUCUAUGGGAGAAGGAGCACUUGCAGGUAUGCCAUUGCAGCUUGCUGGAAGUCGAAAGAUAUUGGAGUUCAUGGAUUGGGGUGACUAUGGUGUUAUUGGCACUUUCAUCAACAUAGGUUCUAUAGGUGCAAAAGAGGUCAGUGAACAAGAUGACAUGUUCAUUCUAGUGGCUCCCCAAAAUGCCGUUGGAAAUUGCAUUAUUGAUGAUCUAAGAGCUAUGACUGAUGCUGCUGGUAGCCGUCCAGUCAUCCUUAUCAAUCCUAGACUCAAGGAUUUACCCGGUUCCAGUGGUAUAAUGCAAACAAUGGGUCGAGACAAGAGGUUGGAGUAUGCAGCAUCAUUUGAGAACUGCUAUUUCUUCCGGCUUCUAUACUAUGCGGGAACUCAGUAUCCAAUUAUGGGUGCUCUCAGGAUGUCUUAUCCGUAUGAGUAUGAAUUAUUUAAGCGGGUGGAUGAAUCGCCUGGGAAGGAGAAGUACGUUAUCUUGUCAACAUUUGAAGGAAAACCAACUGGUGAAGAAAUCAAUGAUGCAUUUGAAGGGAAGCCAAGAAAUCAAGUAAAAAAGGCUGCAGGAAUUUGGGGCUUCUUAAGCGGCGUAUUUUGAGCAGACAGGGAGAUAUUGAACAGUAUACAUGUGUAUUAGUAUAUGUGGCCACAUAGAAAAUAGUAGGCCACUGAAGUGCAAACAUCAUAAUGUGCUGAACUAGAUUAAGAAAUAUUUAAUUUUGUAGCACAUUUCUUGUAGCAAUUCAAAGAGGAUGGUUCUUUUUGGACAACUGAUAAUCACAUCUUAAUGGGUUUGUUUUCUCUCA